AUGAAGGUUUUAUCAUUUGCUACUCUCUGCUUAGCCUCCUUGAUCUCCUACUCAGUCAAGGCAAAUUACCCCUUCGUUGUCUACAGCACAAACGCCGGUAACAGCCACCCAGUUGAGUUCAACACAACAGUUGGCUAAGAUUCAGUUGUCGCUAAAUACUAAGACUUUGUCGUCGGAAAGACUAAUGUGCUAGUGUUCGUAAAGGAUGGACUUACCACUUCAGAAUUCGUUCAAUAUGCCAGCUAAAGCUAUGUUUACCUCAAGAACAAGAUUAUGGGCAACAGUGUGAUUUAUACUGAUGUCAACAGCGGAUUCGAUUCACAAGCUUUCGAACAAACUAUCGAUCCAGUUCACAUGAACUACAACAUUGAUAAUUUAGCUGAUGUAGACUCAGUUAAUAAUCAACUAAAGAGUGACUUAUCAAGCACAAACGCAUUAUUCAAAAUUUCAUUGUUCAAAAUCGGAGAAAUGGUUCCAAAUUCAGCCAUGGAUAAAAUUGUAAAGACUAUCGAAGAAUCAGCAGAGAAAAUUGAUGGCAAAUCAGCUGUUGUUAUUGCUGGAUCAAAAUCAAUCCACCAUCAAUCAGGCAUAGCUCUUAGCCUUGUUCAAUUAAACGAAGAAGGUGUAGUCGAAGAUGGCGCUCCUGAGGAAGAAACUGCACCAGAAGCUAAUUCUGAUGAGCCAACUAUCAAAGAACCAGUCCAUCUCCAAUAAGUAAUUCCAUCAUACCCAGGCAUCUAGAAGUAUCUUUUCCCAAAUGCCUUGAUCGGUAUUCUUUUCACCAUCUUCAUGAUCUCAAUUCUCAUCAUUGGAUUCUUGCAACUAUUCGUCGUCCAAACUCCAUACUUCUACCCCAACGAAAGUAUCGAUUUCGGCAAGAUCGAAAAAUGA